ACACAGAAUUGCAAGGCCUAGAUAAUUACUUACAUGAUUAACAGUAAGCACCCGUUUGAUUUAUCAGUUAAUAAUGAUAGAUAAGUUUUCCAUUAAAUCAUUGGUUGUGGGCUAAAAAUUAAAAAAGUCCGAUAAAGAAUAAUGAAAAUGAAUUAGAUUUCAUAAGUGUGUUUGCCGAGUUCAAGUGAUAUUUUGAGUUUCAUUAUCUUCCAUUCAUCCGUCAAAAUGUCAAAUAGCUUCAACACUAAGAAGUAUAAUUUGAAAUAAGAUAAUUGGUUUUAUUUAAAUAUGCGAAAAAUGAAAUUCGUUGAUAAGCUGCCAUUUACGAGCUUUCCUCUCUUUUGCAAAGUAGCUAGUAUUCUAUUGUGGUUUUUGUAUGCUGGCUAUUCGGUGGUUAUUUUCAAUUAACAGUGUAAUUGAUACUUUAGGAACUCAGCGAGGGUUGCCACCAAACUCGUUUCGCAAAGGCAACUGUUAUGAAAACAAAUUUACGAAUCAAUCAAAACAUACGAGCAUCAAAACAUAUCAGGCUCAACUUGUUUUCCCAUCCAAAGGGAUGGACUGGAGUGGAAUGGGAUGGGAUACGAUGGGAUCUGAUAGGAUGGGAGUGCUUGAGAAAAACAUGGCAGCGGAUGAUUUCACCUCGGGGGCAACUACCCCGAACAUCGCUAACAAAAGCCACAACAAAUCAAAAACUAUCACAUUCAUAUUUGUAUUGAGGAUUUCAUUAUACACCGAAGAUCAGAUGCUCUUUGUUUAAAACUUUACCAUAGAAAAUCAGUUUACGUCAUUAGCGAGGCUAUAAUUGCAUAUGACAUACAUAUGUCAUCAUAUGGCACUGGAUUACAUUUUAGGAUCGGACUAAAUUAACCUGUGAAUUUAAUGGCAAUCUAUAGCAUUGUCACUUAUACACUUACCAAACAUUUAAUUCAGUAUAUGAUAAGCUCUCCUUCUUUAAAGUUCCUAUUACUUUAGUCAGGGUGUUCAGAUACAAUCAUUAAACUGAAUUCGAAUCACGACGAACCUUUUACAAUUGAACCCGUGUACUUGUACUUCAUUGCCUUCGUGGGCCUAAUCUGGACCGGGGAGAGGGUAAUUUAGGUGGGCCAGCGGAUUUAUACCUGGCCGGCGAGAAAGGGAAACGCCUAUUAAGCGGCUCAUUGCUUCCGAAUGAGAAUGGAAUUGGGCCAGGCCAAUCUCUUCGUCCUGCCAGACAAGGAUGGCCAUACUAUCUGCUGGGAUGCAAAUGGCGGCGAUGGGAGGUCCUUGAAUAAAUAGCUCGUGUAUGCGCAGCCAGCUCAGCAGUAGCAACUCGACCAUCACAGCGAAAGGAUCGCGCCAGGAUGAGUGACUUCAGCAUCGAGUAUAUUUUGAACCGAGCCGGCGACAGAUACGUGGGCACCAAUGCCUCCUUGGGCGUCCUGCAGCGACUCCGUGCCAGCUUGCCUUUCCAUCCGUACGCCCACCCAGCAUCUUAUGCCUCAAAGGAGUCUGGAGGAUCUCCUCCAGCCUCGGCUGCGGAGGCUCAGAUACCCGUCUACGACUGGCUGCAGUACACCCGUUACCAUCCGCCCAAGUUGCCCAGAGCCCUCCGCCAAAGUGCGCCCGCGAAAAGGACUCCUGGUCGUCUGCCCCGCAUCCCAUUUACUCCGCAGCAGCUGCAGGCCCUGGAAAGUGCCUACAAGGAGUCCAACUACCUGAGCGCCGAGGACGCCAACAAACUAGCCGACUCCUUGGAGCUGACCAAUACGCGUGUGAAGAUCUGGUUCCAGAAUCGAAGGGCUCGCGAGCGACGGGAGAAGCGCGAAAAGGACGAGAGCUGCGACUCCACCUUCUCAUCGAACGCCUCCAGUCCGGAACCGGAAAUGAUCGUUGUAACGUGAGCUGGAGCAUGAUAUCCACGAGGACUGUUUACUGUUACGAAUUUAGUGGCUUUCUGUAAAUACAAAUAAUAGACCUAAGUAGACCCAUAAGCAUAUACAUAGAACAAA